GUCAGUUCUAGUUGUGUGAUGAUGUGUUGACGGUCUCGAGCGCAUCAGUGCCCCCACGAGCGCUUCGUGGUUUUGGAAGAUAUUGGAGCGCAAAAUGAGAAAUUCAAUGUUCAGAUUUUGGCUUUGUGCUGUGGUCGUGUGCCAGACCGGUUCUUCUGAUUUAGCUUGUGAAGGUUCAGGAUGUGGGAAAAACGGGGUGUUGGAAAAUCCAAAGCAAAACGCAGUCGCAGAGACCUUGAAUAAGUUUAACGAAAUGAACGCGCAAACGCCGCAACGCGCGCACCGCAACGCAGAGGCCGUGUUACCUUUCCUGGGACUCACUGGAGUUGCUAAGCAAAGCCGUACCUGUUGUAAGAACGGAGGGACUUGCAUUUUGGGAAGUUUCUGUGCCUGUCCGAAGCACUUCACCGGCCGGAGCUGUGAAUAUGAUGAGAGAGUCAGGGACUGUGGGGUUAUUCCACAUGGAGAAUGGGUUCAGAAAGGAUGUUCGUACUGUCGAUGUGGAUAUGGACUUCUGCACUGCUUCCCACAUAUCUUCAGCAACAACUGUGAUGACUCUGAAGAGGUUCGGUGGUACCGUUCAGAUGCUCUCCGAACGUUGUCGUCUGUAUUUGUUGUGUGUGUAGCCUUGAUUGUACCCUUUUUACUAUAAAUGGCGACGCAAUUGUGCGAAAUUGUUUUCUAGCUGACUUUUGUACUGAAAAUCUGUGAACUGAAACACUUUUAUAUGAAAUGUUCUUGUGGCUGUUUAGGGCAUUUCUCUGUGGCACUGAAAUGUAUUUUGCUUCCAGUGGAAGUGUAACUAGCUGUGUUUAAAAGCAACCGUUCAGUGAAGGAAUAUUGUAUAUAGGAUUUAUAUUGAAAAUAUAUUUUGUGUUUGUCAGUGCAAAGCCAACUGUGACGAAUUUUGUCUUUCUAUGUCUCUGUGCGAACCUGUUUUACCAGAGAGGAUAUGGACUAACCUUUUAUUUUUCUUCACGUAAACUCGUGAUUUACCGUAGUACAUGUGUGUAAUCGUGGAGAGCGAGAUUUUUUGUUUUGAAACGUGGUCUCGUCCUAAUCUGUUCUCUAAGCUUUCGUUUGCUGUUCUUGUCAAUGGAGAGAGAGAGAGAAAGUCUGAUAACGCUCAGAUAGCCUCUGAUUGUUGACCUUUCGGCUAUUUUCUCUUAUCUUAUAUAAACAAGUAGUCUGGCAAUCAAUCUCGCGGGGGCAGCCGCUAUCUUGACCUUCUAGAGUUGGCCACAGGUUUUGAUGAAUUUGAAUGAAUUUGUCUC